AUGGAUCAAAUCGGACCUACUGAUACGUUUCAACCCUUCCCGCCUAUCACGAUCCGUGAAGAUGUCCUCAAAGCCGCCCUGCCGAUGUGGAUUCAAAAGAUUCAGAACGAACAGACCGAUACUCCCUAUGGCAUAAUCGAUUCAUCCAUCCCCGCUAUCAUCUUUGCACUACUCCAAAGGAAACGCCGCGAAAUCCAUUCAGCCUUCUACAUGAAGGGUGGCUGGGAAGGCUGGUUCCAAGUCGAGUUGGCUCUGUGUCUCGAAGGACAUGGCUACACUGUUGAACGGGAGCAACACGUCUUCAAUGCUCCACUCGAAGCUGCGGAUCUGGUCGUCACGUCUCCCCACGGCAUAUGCACGAUCAUCGAGCUGAAAUGCGAGGGUAUGUAUCAAGAUAUUACAGACGUGCAACUGGCCGCUCCCACAACGAGGGCGAAAUUUGCAGUGCGUAUCGACGCAGAUGUGGAGAAGUUCGGAGCUGGAGGAGGGAAGAUUCGUGAUGAGUAUUGUGGUAUAUUCUUCUGUUGUGUCGGUGUCAGUGGAACGAUGGGCUCGACAGAAGAGGCGAUCAGUCAUCUUUCUUCCGUGAAUGGUUGCAGACCAUGGUUCGAUGGCCUGUCAUUGGAUCGAAUUGCUCAGUAUGCUGUAGAAAAUGGUCUGAUGACAGAUGACUCGAUUGACGAAAGGCCAGUCGACGACUUGGUGAUGUGGUGGUCAGGGGUGCACCAGAAGAUCUGA